GGAGGCGGGGGCGGGGCCGGCAGGGGCGGUGCGCGGGAAGGGACCCCGGACCCGGAGGUCGCGGAGAGCUGGGCAGUGUUGGCCGCUGGCGGACGCUGGGGCAGCAUGAAGUGCCUGGUCACGGGCGGCAACGUGAAGGUGCUCGGCAAGGCCGUCCACUCCCUGUCCCGCAUCGGGGACGAGCUCUACCUGGAACCCUUGGAGGACGGACUCUCCCUCCGGACGGUGAACUCCUCCCGCUCUGCCUAUGCCUGCUUUCUCUUUGCCCCGCUCUUCUUCCAGCAAUACCAGGCAGCCACCCCUGGUCAGGACCUGCUGCGCUGUAAGAUCCUGAUGAAGUCCUUCCUGUCUGUCUUCCGCUCACUGGCCAUGCUGGAGAAGACGGUGGAAAAAUGCUGCAUCUCCCUGAACGGCCGGAGCAGCCGCCUGGUGGUCCAGCUGCAUUGCAAGUUCGGGGUGCGGAAGACUCACAACCUGUCCUUCCAGGACUGUGAGUCCCUGCAGGCCGUCUUCGACCCAGCCUCGUGCCCCCACAUGCUCCGCGCCCCAGCACGGGUUCUGGGGGAGGCUGUUCUGCCCUUCCCUCCUGCGCUGGCUGAAGUGACGCUGGGCAUUGGCCGUGGCCGCAGGGUCAUCCUGCGCAGCUACCACGAGGAGGAGGCAGGUUUCUCCUGUUCUUCCCCAACAGACAGCACUGCCAAAGCCAUGGUGACAGAGAUGUGCCUUGGAGAGGAGGAUUUCCAGCAGCUGCAGGCCCAGGAAGGGGUGUCCAUCACUUUCUGCCUCAAGGAAUUCCGGGGGCUCCUGAGCUUUGCAGAGUCAGCGAACUUGAAUCUUAGCAUUCAUUUUGAUGCUCCAGGCAGGCCCGCCAUCUUCACCAUCAAGGACUCUUUGCUGGAUGGCCACUUUGUCUUGGCCACACUCUCAGACACCGACUCACACUCCCAGGACCUGGGAUCCCCAGAGCGUCACCAGCCAGUGCCUCAGCUCCAGGCUCACAGCGCACCCCACCCAGACGACUUUGCCAAUGACGACAUUGACUCUUACAUGAUCGCCAUGGAAACCACCAUAGGCAAUGAGGGCUCGCGGGCACUGCCCUCCAUUUCCCUUUCACCUGGCCCCCAGCCCCCCAAGAGCCCCGGCCCCCACUCCGAGGAGGAAGAUGAGGCUGAGCCCAGUACAGUGCCUGGGACUCCCCCACCCAAGAAGUUCCGCUCACUGUUCUUCGGCUCCAUCCUGGCCCCUGUACGCUCCCCCCAGGGCCCCAGCCCUGUGCUGGCUGAAGACAGUGAGGGCGAAGGCUGAACCAAGAACCUGAAGCCUGUACCCAGAGGCCUUGGACUAGAUGAAGCCCCAGCCAGUGGCAGAGCUGGGUCUCAGCCCUGGGGAUCAGAAAGGUGGGCGUGCUGGAGCUGAGCUGUCUCACUGCCUCUCGCAGGCCCCAGCUGGCUGUCACUGUAAAACUGUCCCACAGCGGUCGGGCCUGGGCCCUGUUAUCUCCCCACAACCCCCAGCCAAUCAUGAUUUUCCAGACUUGGCCCUGAACUACUGACGUUCCUACCUCUUAUUUCCCAUUGAGUCUCAGGCUCUACUCCAGCUGGCCAAGGCUGGAAUCCUGUCUCCCUCAGGCUCACCUUCCUAAGGAAAAUGUCACAGUAGGUGCUGCUGGCCCCUGGUGAUCCAGCUUCUCUGCCAAUCAUGACCUGUUCCUUCCUGAAGUCUUGGGCAUGCAUCUGGGACCCUCGUGGAGCUGACAGUUUUUCCUGCUUUACUGAUACUCUUUGGCGCUGACUUGGAAUUCUAAGAGCCUCGGACCCGAGUGUGUGGCUGGGGUUGCCCUGGCUGGGGCCCGGUGGCCAGCCUCCCAAGCGGCUCUGUGCAGAAGAGCUGCCAGGCAGUGCUUUAGACGCGAGACGGAGGCCAUGGCGAGAAUCCAGCUUUGACCUUUAUUCAAGAGACCAGAUGGGUUGCCCCAGGAUCCGGCUGCCAGCCCUGAGGCCAAGCACGGCUGGAGACCCACGACCUGGCCUGCCGUUGCCCUGAGCUGCAGCCUCAGCCCCAGGAUUCUGCUCACAGUCACCGCAGGUGCAAGCAGGAAGCAGCCCUGGGGGACUGGACGCUGCUAUUGAUUCAUUAAAAAAAAAAGAAAAAUA